UACAAAGUUCACCCUUUAGAAGCGGUGGUGAGUCGCAGUCCCACACCCUCCUUCCCCACGUAACCAACACCAACUCUUACCCCUUUUUCUCUCUCUCUCUCUCUCCCUUUCCCGCAUUCUCAUUCUCCAUUCUUCUCAUGGCCACGGACCACAAGCUUCUCCACGUUCACCCUCCUCAACUCACCUUUGUCUUUGAACCCAACAAACAGAGUUCCUGCUUGCUUCAUCUCUCCAACAACGCCUCUCACCAUGUUGCCUUCAAGGUCAAGACCACCUCUCCCAAGAAAUACUGCGUCAGGCCAACCCUCGGCAUUGUCAACCCUCACGGAACAUGCCAUUUCACCGUCACUAUGCAGGCUCAGCGCACUGCCCCACCCGAUUUCAACUGCAAAGACAAGUUCCUCCUUCAAACCGCCGUUGUCCCCUCUGGAACAACCCAGGAUCAAAUCUCCUCUCACAUGUUUCUCAAAGAUAAUGGAAGCCGUGUCCAGGAAACCAAGCUAAGGGUCCUCCUCAUUAGCCCACCUUCUUCCCCUGUCAAUGCACAUUUCAACCAAAUGCCUCCCCCUCUAACAGUUGAAAAACGUCUUGAGGCAGCGGCGGAGGAUAUGGAGGAUGAAGCGGAUAAGGAUAAUGUUCCAAGAUGUGUUGAGAAGGUGGGUGACAUGAAUGGAGUGAAUGAUGUUGUCAAAUUGACUUUAGCUAAAGAUUCAGAGGGGUUGAACUCCAGGUUGAGUGCAGUGGAUGCAAAGCUAAGAGAGGCCGAAGAAACCAUCAUGAAGUUGAUUGCAGAGAAGCAAAAGAACACACGAGAAAAAGAAUUGCUCAAGCAAGAGUUGGAGAUGUUGAAGAAGAAAAUCAAGAUGAGAAGAGCUCAGGGAGGCUUCCCAUUUCUGUUUGUUUGUGUGGUUUCUCUUGUCAGUAUGGCCGUGGGAUAUUAUAUUCAUCCAUAAGGGGGAAAAUGUGUAUAGUAGCAGAAGUUUCAAAAUCAUGGUGUUCUCCUUAAUGAUUCGAUAGAGGACAAUUCGUUGUUAAUUGUGAUGGUUAUACUCGACGAAUGUUAAUAUGUGAUAAGUGAGAACCUUUCUGAAAUGCUUGUAAAAUGAACUGCAUCUAUUAAGAGAAGCAUAAUAAUAUG